UUUAAAUGACAAAGUUUCACAAGAAGAUCUCUGGGUUUGAUAUCAGAAUUAUUGAACCUAAUGAAUUGCCAAUGAAAAAAGCAGCCUCUCGGCCAUCCAUCCUACUCAAAGGAAUCUCAGACCUCGUGGUCAACUACGACAACCAUCCUGACACUGACUUCACCAACUUCUUCGAGCUUGCUGGCAAAUAAAGAAAGAGGCUGGCCUCUUCUAACAAAGAUGAUACUGAACAAGUCUUCUGCAGAGAGCAAGAUCUUUUCACAAGAACAUCGGAAGCUAAGGGUCCAAAAGGCCAUUCAUAAUAUGCUGAAGACUAGGAGAGGAAGGAUCAGACGCAGAAAUUUAGCAGAGUCGUCAAAGAAGUUAUUAGAAAAGCCUAUUCCCAGGAAGCAUUAUCUUAGUGAGAAAAAGAUUCCUGACUUUAACUUCCUGCUGCCGCGUGGAGAUGAGUAUCACGAUAAUGAAAAAGUUCUUUUGUACUCACAACCAUCUAUGAAUCUUUUGGAAGUGCCUUUGAAUGAUGAUUCGAGGUUUCAUACGCCUGAUAAAAAGAGGCAGAGAUCGAAUUUUGCAAAUACUAGUCCUUGCUCUCCGAUUGUAUCAAUGAAAAAUAGUCGUAAAAACCUUGAAAAAGGGCUCAAAGGAAAUGCUCCUCUCUCCUUCAGAAGUAAUCUUAUUAAAGAUUAUGAUGCUAAAAUGCGAGAAACUGAGAAAUGGAUCCAAGGAAGAUUCGAAAUGGUUAUCCAAGAUGCUAAACUGAUGAAAUCAAAGACUAAGAAUUCUAACUUGCCAAAAUCCAAGUUAAUUAACUCAAAAAACAUCACUUUCAAGACUUCGAACAAGCCUAGCACAUGGGAUCAAAGGAAGAAGGUCUUACUUCGUGGAGCAAGUAAGCUGAAGACAUCUAAUUUCUUGAGUAAAGUCUAA